UUAAAUGAAAAAUAAAUAAAUUUUGAGGGAGGAUUUUCUAAAUUUGGUUGUUGAAUCCUAUAUAACUGCGAUUUCAGUGUUGGGUCUUUUGCUUCUUCUUCACUCAAAUUUUCUCAGUCCUCUCGCCACAACGCCACACUCCCCUCUCAAGUCUCGAGCUUUCCGUACACUCUUCCACCUCUCUCUCUACAAAUCUCCUUCCGUUUCUCUCUCUAAAGUACUUGCUAGAUUUCUCGGUCCUGGAUUUUGAUCAUAUUUUUCUCAAAAUUUCACCAAAAAUUGCAAAUACUGGAAGGAAAAGACUGAACGGUCAAUCUCCUUCUUACCAUUUUUGCUGGUUUUUUUCUGUAUUUGAAGGUCUUCUGUGUUUGUGUUUUUGAUCUGCUCAUCUCGCCCUGUUCUCCAUUGGGUCUUUGAUUUUUUUGCAUUCGAUGCGAAUUUAGAGAAGUCGAAGAACCCAAAAGAGAAUUACGGAUUUUGGAUACAAAAAUGGAGUCGAGUAUUCUGUGUCCAAUCAAAUACUCAGAGCACAGAAGCACGACAAAGAAACUGAUGAAACCUCGGAAGGCGGCAUCCGAGUCCGCUUCCACGGUCACGCGGAGAAUCGUACGGAUAUCUGUGACCGAUCCGGACGCCACGGACUCCUCCAGCGACGAAGAGGAGGAGUUUUUCGGGCGGCAGAGAGUGAAGCACUACAUCAACGAAAUCAACAUCGAGACCGACUUCAGGAACAGCCUUGUCAUCAACAACGCCCGCAAACGGCCGGCGGCUGAGAUUCCAGUGAAUCGGCGGCCGAUGAAGAACGCGGUUUCGCCGACCAACGUCGGAAAGAAGUACCGCGGCGUAAGGCAACGCCCUUGGGGGAAGUGGGCGGCCGAAAUUAGAGAUCCUGCUAGACGUCAACGGCUGUGGUUGGGGACCUUCGACACGGCAGAGGAAGCCGCCAUGGUGUACGAUAAUGCCGCCAUUAAGCUCCGCGGUCCUGAUGCUUUGACUAAUUUCGUUGCUCCACCGCAGAAGGAAGAGGAAAAACCAGAGCCACCGGUCAUUGAGCCUAUCGAGGUGGAGACUAACGAAACGACGUCGGCUUCUGGUUACGAUUCCGGGUCGGAGUCUCACAAUCUGGCGUCUCCAACCUCCGUCCUCCACUUCAGAAGCCAACCCAUCAUUGAAGAAGCUGACAAGCCCCAAAAAUUUCAGGUGUCCAACCGAGUCGAUGAGGACGAAGACGAAACCAAAACCGGUACGAACAUUUUAUCCGACGAUUUGUCAUAUUUCGGUAACUAUUUGCCUCUGGACUUGCCGUACUUCGACGACGCAUUCAGUUUCCCAGCUCCGGAGUCGCCGCUGUUCGAUUCGCCUCUGUUUUUCGACGACGGCCCCGCCGCGGCAGCCUCUCUUCCGGAUUGUUUUAUGAAGGACGAUUUCAGCGAGUUGUUCCGAGACACGUACGACACGUCGUUGUCCCAUACGACGUCGCCUAUGUUCCAAGGGGAUGACUACUUUCAAGACAUUUUGUUUGGUUCCGACCCUCUUGUGGUCCUCUGAGCCACCGCUGACAGAGCCAGAAUCACAGUUUUGCCGCCGUUGGCUGGCCGAGAUAUCGGCCACGAUUUUUGUUUCGGACGCUUUUUAUUUAUUUAUUUAUUUUGCUGUGUUAGUGUUUAGUAGUUCAUUAUUCCGUUAAAAAGUUGACGGAGAGUUUAGUUGAUAAGUGGGGAGUUUUGUUCAGAGUGUAUAAUUAUUAUGUAUUAAUUUUGGCGGAUCAAUGAGAAUUUAUAUAUAAUAAAGUUAUAUAUAUUUUUGAAAAGAUAA